UCCACCGCCGCCGCCUUCUAGCGCUUAGCCGGGAGACUCACCGGCUGACGCUCCAUAGAAGGCCGCCACGAGCACCGUGGUGGUUCUCAGCCGCAGGGACGUGGUGGUGGCGCCGGUGAAGCACGGGCCAUCAAGUUUCCUUUACGGCGAGGGUGACACAGCCAAAGAUGUUCAAGUCUAUGCUUGCUUGUUGCAAGCUGUACAUAUCCGAAAGCAGAAAUCCCACUUCUCUAGCAUUGAUUGAGCAAGCAGCUAAAGCAUAUCCAGAAGCUGUUGUAAUCAAUAAAUUCAAGGAUGAGAUUUACAAUAGAGUUGGAUAUACACUUGUUUCACCUCUCACCACGGACUCAUUGUCUGAUGUAACCCCAUUGAGUAAUGCUGUGUUUGAGAUGGUCAAGGCAGCAUUUGAGUCUAUUGAUCUUGAGACGCACUCUGGAACUCAUCCCCGACUUGGAGUCGUCGACCAUAUCUGCUUCCAUCCUAUGGCAAAAGCUUCCCUGGACCAAGCUGCUGGGAUUGCCAAGUCUGUGGCUGCUGACAUUGGCCACAAGCUCCAAGUGCCGACAUAUCUAUAUGGAGCAGCUAAUGAGGGAGGAAGGACUCUUGAUUCAAUAAGAAGAGAGCUCGGCUACUUCAAACCCAAUUCAGAUGGAAAUCAAUGGACAGGUGGGUUGAGAGCAGAAAUAUCAGGAUUGAAGCCUGAUGCAGGUCCUCUUCAGUCUUCACUAGCCAAAGGUGUGGUGGUCAUUGGGGCCACACGCUGGGUUGACAACUACAAUGUGCCAGUCUGGUCUACUAACAUCGAGGCUGUUCGUAAGAUAGCGAGGAAGGUAAGUGAGCGAGGAGGAGGACUUGAAUCAGUGCAAGCUAUGGGUCUGGCUCAUGGUGCCUACUGCACUGAAGUGGCAUGUAAUUUGCUGAAUCCAAGUAUCACGGGAGCAGAUCAGGUACAACACCAAGUUCAGAAACUUGCAUCGGAGGAAGGAUUUAAAGUAGGGGAAGGAUAUUUUACCGAUUUUUCCCAAGAAAAAAUCAUUGAGAUGUACUUCGAAUCUAUCUCAUGUGAUUCAACUUGAAGAUAAUCAACAGACAGUGGGGUGAUCUAUCGGCUGUGCUUUGUGCCUAAGCCUUUUUAAAUAAUAUAUUUAUAGUUCACUUUUGACAACUCGUGUAAAUUGAUGUCUACUGAAUGGAUUUCACAUAUUUUGAAGAGACA